AUGCCUCAAUCAAUCCUAUCUCGAAUAUUUAAAAAAUUCGAUAUAUUUGGUAGCGAAAUAGGUUUAACAUUUUAAAAAAGCAGUGUUUUCCAAACUACAUUUGGCGCUGGUAUAAGUCUAUUAUUCCUUUCAUUAAUGAUGGUAUUUUUUUGGAAUAAUUUUCUCUAAUUUUUCAAUAAAGAUGCCGUUACUGUAAAAAUAGAAGAUGAGUUUAAAUCCGACCCUGAAGAAAUCCAACUUGACUCAUCUAAAUUUAUGUUUGCCAUUCGCGCAGUAGAGGAUAAUUUUAUAAACAAUCCUUAUUUCAAUAUAAGUUUUAUUUAACGAAAAAGGUAAUUUCAUGAAAAUGGAAUAGUAAUACCAGAAAUAAAUGAAAUGAUGUUAGAACCUUGUACUUUAAAUCAUUGGAUUAAUUUACCUUCUUAUAAUAUUAGUUGGCCUGAAAUAUUCGAUAAGAAAUAACUUUAUAAUUACUUAUGUCCGAGUUUAAACGAUAAAUAUAGUGUCAGAGGAGCUUGGGGAAUGGGUUAAUAUGAUUAAUUAAUAUUGAAAAUAACUAAAUGUGAUACUAUUAAGUUUUCAACAGAAAAAUGGAGACCUAAAUGCCGUACAGAUAAAGAAUGGGAAAAAUAUUUAUAGGAAAAAUAUGUGGAAUUAGAAAUAUAUAUACCCAAUUAUAGUGUUAAUCCUAGUAAGUCUUCCGAUUAUAUAUAAAGUUAUUUAAAUACGGCAGAUUUAUAUUAUUAUGCUUAGCCUUAUAAAUAGAAGAAAAUAGUUGAUAUAUUUAUUUCGGAAUUUAAUAUUAAUACAGAUAUCAGUUUAUUGCCUUAUAAUGAUAUUUAAAGUGAAAAAUUCCCAUAUUUUAAUUUAGAUGGAUUCCGUGAAUAAAAUCUUAUUGGAGAUUUCGAAGAAUUCAUAGAAAUUUUUAUUAGUAGAAGUUAUUUUACAAAACUAAUUGAAAGAAAAUUUUAAAAAAUAGAUGAGAUUAUAGCAUAUGUGGGAGGAUUUGCAUAGGCUUUUUUAAUUUUUUCGGCUUUUAUGGUAAGUUAUUAUAAUGAGUACAUUUAUGCGAUAGAAUUGGCUAAUAAAUUAUAUGAUUUUGAUAAUCCUAUAGAUAAAAAAAAAAAGUUAAUUAAAAAAGUAAAUUAUGAGAAAGAUAAAAAAAUGAAUGUAGUUUAAAAAUUUAAUAUAAAAAGUAAUUUUAACUUAGACAUGAUUGAUACUCCUAAUAAUGAUAAUAUUGAACCAUUAUCGUCAAAUUCAAUUUAAAAAAUAAACUCUUUUAGAUUUUGUUCUUAAAAUUCUAAAAGAUUAAAUCUUCAUAAAAAAAUUUCUUUAUAUAGCGAAUAAUAUGAGUAAUAGUUAAAAGAUACCGAAAGUGAAAAAAAUACUGAAUAUUAACAUCAAAAAAGAGUACAGAUAUAAGAAAGAAAGCACUAGGAAGAUUCUGAUAUCAUUGAUAAUAACAAGAAUAAAUUCGUUAAAUUUAAUAAGACUGCUAUAAAAGUAAAGAAUAAUAAUAUGAAUAAAUAAAUAAUGAUUGAAGAAAUACAAAGAAAAAAAUUCUUAACUAAAGAAUUCAAGUACAUAAUAUAAAAAGAUAAGACUAUUUAAAUGAGUUAUGCGUAUUUUAUUAAUUAAAUUACUUGCGGUAAGUUUUGUAAAACAAGAAAAGUAUAAUUAAUUUUAAAAGCCUAAGAUUAAAUAGAAAAAGAUUUGGACAUUUUUAAUAUUUUAGAUAGACUGAAAGAAGUAGAGAAAUUAAAAAAAUUAUUCCUUAAUAAAGAAUAGCUUAUUUUAUUUAAUUUUUUCCCUAAACCAGUUAUUGAUAUAAAUAAAAACGAAGACGAAUAUAUCCCACCUUCAAGGGCUAUUUUAUAAGAAGAGUCUACGCAUAAUCUCCCUUCAGUGAAAAAAAUGAAAAUGGAAUUCGCAGAAACUCUUGUAAAAUUGUCCGAAAAUCCAGACUAAAUUAUGCCCAUGUCUGAAUUUUAAUAAGUUCUAGAAAAUAGUACAACAAAACUUUUGACAAGAAAUCUAAAACUUGAAGAAGCCUAAAAAUCAUUAUCAUUAUACAUAAAAUUCAUUCCUUCUUUAUAAUAAGAAUACUUCGAAUAAUGUACUGAUCAAUUUAUUAAUUUCGCCUUAAAUAUGACAGAUAAACAUAUAUACUAAGUUUUUAAAGUACAAUAUGAAUCAAGUUUUGGUAAAAUAAGUGAAAAACCUUAUAAUUUUAACGACUUAUGUUUAUAUAUAUGUAAACGUAUAUUAGGAAUUAAAAAUAAAUAAUGGACACUAUAUUUCGUUGAAUGUCGUUUAGAUACCACUAAAUAAAUAGAAAGGAAACUUCUUUUAUUAGAAAUGUUAGCUGUUAUAGCUCGCGAAAUCUAAAGUAAAGAAAUAUAUUACCCAAAAAUUCUUCCAAAUAUUCUACGCGCAAUGAUGGACGGGAUGAAAAAGUUCGAGAAAUAUACAGAAAAAUUCAAAAGUGAUUAAUUAAACGCAGACGCAAAAUAAUUUUAGGAAAACUUUGAAAAUUGGGUUAUUGAUUAUUUGAAUAGAUUCAUGACUUUUAUGAAAAACCUUCCCGAAAUAAAAAACAUUAAAAAAAUUUUGAGUCCAAACGAAUUAAUCGAAGUCGAUUUUGAAACUGGACAAAUUUUAAACAAAAACAUUGACCCUAAAAUCCUCAUUAAUACCUUUGUAGUUUUCUUCUAUUUAGAUGUAAUGUAAGGAAUCACAGAAGCCCUAGAUGAAAGUGGUGUUUUUAACGAAAAAAACGUCAGGAAUUUUUUAGAUGUAUCAUAAAAACAUUUCUUGGAAAUAAUACCGGGUCAGAUUGAACUUGUGGAAAUCUUCCUUUGUUAGUUAAGGUUUAAUACUUUCUCGAAUACUCAAAUUCCAAAAUAUUAAAACAAAGAAGAUGAUGAUAAUUAAUCAAAAGAAGAUAAUUAUAAGGAACCUGAAUAUUUAGGGGAAGAGGAAGAAGGUAAUAAUAAAAAAUACGAUUGGAUGGAUAGUGAAGAUGAUGAAAACGAGAUUGAAAAAAAGAGAAAAAAGAACUAUUUUUGUUAGUAAUUUAAAUUUCGAACUUUCAGAUAAGGAAAUUAAGCAAUUCUUUUCAUAAUUUGGUUAAAUAGAGGAUUUUAUUGUACCAAGAAACGAAGGAUAAUUAGUUAAUAAAGGAAAAGCUUUUAUUGA